GAGAGACAGAAAGAGAGACAGAAAGAGAGAGAGACAGACAGAAAGAGAGAGUAACUCCACGUGUCUGUGUUUCUCUCGCAUUUGUCACCCGCCUCAGCUUUACCGGUCAGUCUGUCAGUCGAGGUUCCCCUCUCUUUUCUUUUCUGCCCGGUUCUUGUUUUAUAGUUUGUGUGUAAUGGCACGUCAGAGCUCCUUCACCCUGCUCCUGCUGCUCCUGCUGGGCCUGACGCUGCGGCUCUCCCUGGCCCAGGAGGAGGAGGUUCCGGGGGCCGCAGACGCCCCGGCGCAGCCAGCAGCUGUGGUUACAGAAGGGGGAGAGGAGGAGGACGAGGACUGGGGCCUGGACUCGCUCAGGGGGAGCUUCCAAGCGGUCAACGGCUAUUUCGACUCCAUGCUGGAGUUUCUGGGCGGACGCGACGGAGUGUGCCAGCACAAGUGCCGCUAUGGUAAGGCCCCAGUGCCCCGUCCUAACUACGAACACCCCCCACCAGAUGGCUGCAGCUUAUCUUCCUGGGACUACAGUAAGGUGGACCUGGGGAUUCCUGCUAUAACCAAGUGCUGUAACCAGCUGGACCUGUGCUACACCACCUGUGGCUCUAACAAGUACCGCUGCGACUCCAAAUUCCGCUGGUGCCUUCACAGCAUCUGCACCGACCUCAAGAAAAGUCUGGGACUGAUGUCAAAGGUUGAAGCAUGUGAGACAGUAGCAGACACACUGUUCAACACGGUGUGGACGCUGGGCUGCAGGCCCUACAUGAACGGCCAGCGGGAGGCAUGCCUGUGCGAGGGAGAGGAGAGGGACGAGCUCUGAGAGUCCAACUCACCACCAGCACCACCAACACAAGGACAGACAUGACGUCCCAUUUCCAUCCUGUCUCUUCUGUGUCCAUGUUUAUUGAUUUUGGCAAACAUGUUUAAAGUGACUUUUUAAGUGACUCGAUUACAGUACUAAUAGUUAAUAGUGGACACAAUGGUGUCUUCAAGAGUCUUCUGCUCUCUGACCAACUUUCAUUCUGAGAUUUAUUUUAAAUCGGUUGAAGAAGAUACAUCAUCUGAACUACAUCAGGAUGGAAAAAUAUGUCGAAUUGCACUAUGCUCAUAUUGAUAUUAUGUAUUAUUCUUGGAACAUCUCAUAAAUGUGAAAUGUG